AUGAGCUGCAAAGAAGGAGCGUUCCGGAAGAGGAAGCAUGACAACUUCCCGCACAGCCAGAGGCGAGAGGCGAAGGACGUUAACUCGUCCUCCCUGGUGAUGUUGGCUUUCAAAUCAUUUCAGCUGGAACUGGAUGCAAGGCAUGACAAAUAUGAGAGACUUGUGAAACUAAGCUGGGACAUAACUGUUGAAAGUAAAAGGACAAUUUUUCUCCUCCAUAGGAUUACCAGUGCUCCUGAUAUGGAAGAAAUAUUGGCUGAAUCAGAAAUUAAGUUGGAUGGUGUCAGACAAAAAAUACUGCAGGUAGCCCAAGAGCUAUCAGGAGAAGACAUGCAUCAAUUCCAUCGAGCCAUUACCACAGGGCUGCAGGAAUAUGUGGAAGCUGUCUCUUUUCAACACUUCAUCAAAACACGUUCAUUAAUCAGUAUGGAAGAAAUUAAUAAGCAGUUGAUAUUUACAACUGAAGACAGUGGGAAAGAAAACAAAACUCCCACCUCAGAUGCCCAGAUGAAGCAGCCAGUCACUUGGAGCCUGAAAGUUACGCCUGUGGACUACCUGCUGGGAGUGGCCGACCUGACGGGAGAGCUGAUGCGCAUGUGCAUUAACAGCGUGGGGACCGGGGACAUCGACACGCCCUUUGAAGUGAGCCAGUUUUUGCGCCAGGUUACUGGUCCUUAUGAGGUUUCUAAGAAGCUGUACACCUUGAAACAGAGUCUGGCCAAAGUGGAGAAUGCUUGUUAUGCCCUGAAAGUCCGGGGCUCAGAGAUACCAAAGCACAUGCUGGCAGAUGUGUUUUCAGUUAAAACAGAAAUGAUAGAUCAGGAAGAGGGUGUGUCUUAGGGUAAUACCUGCCAGCUAUUCUCCUGUGACAGCUUCGAAGACUGUUACUUGGUGUUUCCUUUGACUUUGGUGUGGCUUUUACAUACAGAUGUUUUCAGUUGUACUGUUUUAAGCUGUAUACAAA